AACAGAGGGGAGGGAAGACUGCGGCCUAGUCGGCCUCGGGCCAUCCCGAGUUUUCCUAGCGGACCCGCCGCGCCCGGAGCGCCUCCCCCGGCAGGAGUCGGGAUCGAAUAACGGGUCCGCCGGGCGUGGCUUGGCCCGAGCGAGUUCCCGCCUUUUCACGAGUUGAUUCCGCCCCCCGCCGUGGCUUUGUCGGCACGAGGCUUCUGCGCCGGUGAGUGUCAAGGACUCCAACGGGCCCCAAGCCGCUGCCCCGUCGUCACCGCCGCCGUGGACAAAGCGCCGAGGCUCGACAUCAUGAGCUGCGUGGAGAGGGACCUGCUGGACCUCGUGUUGCGCACGGGCUACAACAUCGUCCAGGAGAACGGACAGAGGAAGCUGGGACCGCCGCCCGACUGGCAGGGCCCCCCUCCCGCCCGCGGCUGCGAGGUGUUUCUGGCGAGGAUCCCGCGCGACCUGUACGAGGACGAGCUGGUGCCCGUGCUGGAGGCGGUGGGGCGGCUGUACCAGCUGCGCCUCAUGAUGACGUACCACGGAGAGAACCGCGGCUACGCCUUCGCCACCUUCGCGACGCGCUCGCAAGCCGCGGACGCCGUCAGGAGACUCCACAAGUCGGAGAUCCGCCCGGGGCAACGGAUCGCGGUUCACGUGAGCGUCGACAAUCGCCGCCUCUUCUUGGCGGGGCUGCCGAAGGUUAGGACGCGGGCCGAGGUGAUGGCGGCAAUGAGCGACGUCACGGAGGGCGUCGUGGACGUCCAGAUGCGCUUCUGUCGCCACGACAGGAGCCACAGCCGAGGCUUCGCGUUCGUCGAAUACGAGAGCCACCGCGCGGCCUGCAUGGCCCGCAGGGUGCUGCUGCCGUACUCCUUCCGGCUGUGGGGCCGAGACAUCCACGUGGACUGGGCCAUCCCGCAGCGAGACCCGGGGGCGGCGGCUGCUGCUGCUGCUGCCGCGGCGGUGGUGGUGCCCAUGGGCCUCCUGUACAAGGUCUCCGUUCCCGGGAUGAUGCGGGAAGGCAGCGGCUUCUUCCCCGCGGUGCUGAGCUCCAGCGCGGAAGGAGCUCGCGAAGUGGCCAGCGGCCUUCUCUACGAAAUCCUCGGCGACGCCAACCCCCUGAGGGUGGGCCCGGUCCCCGCCGCCACGCUGCCUCCCGGCUGCCCCGUCCGGAACCUCCCGGCGUAUCCCGGCGACUUCCCCGCGCCCCGGCAGCCGGUCGCCGCGCGCCUGCCGACGAGCGGCACGCACCCGUAG